CCAUAAUCGUAAUCGUCGCAUGAAGAUUACGUCACAGAUGGCGCAAGAUUCAAAUUGUUGAAAAUCUGUGGCGCUCUUUUUGUCAGGAAAUGUAACUUGCUGGAUGAAAACCGAAUGCAAAGUUUUUGUUUUACAUUCGAAUGGAAUUAUUUUGUCAUUUGUUUUUGAAGGCAUAUUUCUGAAUGCGCAAAGAUGAACCCAGAACUGUGGACAGAGUACAAGAAGAAUGAAGACAUUUUCAGACAAAGACUAGAGGAUAUUUGUCAAAAGUACGCCAAUGUGGAAGAUCCUGGGUUUGACCUGUGUUUGGAGACCCUGACCUUUCAAACAUCGAAUGGGUCAGUACGAGCAGAAAGUGGCGAGGCAGAGAGGAAACUUAACUCCUUACAGAGAGUUGCAAACAAAUGUGUGGAGACACAGAAAGAUUUGAACACCACUGAGGACACACUGUUCACGUACAGGGAUGAGGAUGAUGAAGAACAAAAGGAGGAUUGUGAAGAUUCUACAGCACUGGAGAGGAGUGUGGAUGAUCAUCCAGAUGGAGGGGGAUCUCUCCUGGGGGCGUCCCGAGUCUCGUCCAGCAUGCUGUCUCUGCCCGAGGAGCAGGACCCAGAGCUGGAGCGCACCUUCAGCAGCCAGAGCGACACCCCCUCCUUGCAGGAGCUGUAUCCCAGCAUGCUCAGCCAGAUCCGCGGGGCCUGCCAUCGCCAGCAGGUGUCGGAUGUGGCCAGCGCCCUGCGGCGGAAGUACUACCGGCAGCGCUGGAAGGUUAAGCGCACCAAUCAGGGCCAGAGCUUCAUGAACAGCUCCGUCGGUGGCACCAUGACCUCCCGUGCCCAUGGGCCCCUAAACAGAAGGGCUCCACCGGGCCUCCCCAUGCCCAGCGCGGGGCCCCACACUCACACCAACCAGGCCAGAGAUGCAGGCAGCGGCCAGAGGUCCUCCCCGUGGAAGAGUGUCACCUCACAGGUUGCAGUAGAGCAGGAUCCGGUGCGCGUCAUGGACUUCUCCACGCCCCCCUCCUCUGGCCCGUCGAGCCCCAGCGAUGCUUCCCUAGAGCUGAACCAAACGUAUGCGGUUAGAACCUCACCCUCGCUUCCUCAUGCCAGUCAUCAUUCAGCGCAGCGGGUCAGAAGACAAGAGGCCAACGUGGUGUCGUUCCGUCCCCGUGAAGGUGAUGUUGGGCACCACACACAAGUGUUUCCCUCACCAAAACACAGGUACUGUGAGGGUUCUCAGAGUUCCCCUUCCAAAGUGAACUCUGUACUGAGCUCACCAUUCCAUCGUCACCGUCGUGUGGUCAUGGAGGAUUCCCCUCCACGCCAGCAGGAGUCGCUCUCACCUUCUAGGCACUUUCCCUACACUCAGCAGGGUCUCCAGAAGACCCACUACUCCUCACCUAGCAGACACGAGGCUCUGUGGACCUCCCCAAGCAGAAGGAGUCACAAGACAGACUGUCCCAUCAGCCCCCAGCGGCCAUCUCCCAAGGCUUAUCUCUGGAAGCCAGAGGUGCUGUCCUCACGGAGAGGUCUUGCUGAAUCCAUGCAAACUUCUCACCCACUAUUGGGCAGCACCCAGCGAGAUCCCAGUUGCAGUGUUUUUAUGGGAAGCCCCAGUCCCCACAAACAAAGAUUUCUGAGCAGGGAGUGCUCCCCUUCCAAGGUCAGCCCUAUAAAAUACUCACCCGUCCACAGCGCUCAUUCCAGCUCGGCCCUUAGGCGUUCCUCCCUCCCCCGGCAUCCAGAGAUCUACACAUCGCCUCUUCACCAUCACCAGAGCCUCCAGGGGAACCUCCGGGCCUCACCCAACCGGCACGAAACUCUCCAGACGCGUCGGCGGUCCAGCUCCGGCCUGCAGGACCCUGGGCGGAGUCUGUCCUCCUCCUGCCAGCAGAUGAACCAGCAGUUCCGCCAGCUGUACCACCAGCACGUUUGCCAGAGGAGGUCGUCGUUGUCUCGCCACGGGCACUCGGGUUGCCUGUGCGAGCAGAUUGCCGAGGGCUACAGCCCAAACCCCACGACCAGCCCUGUGCCCGCCUCCGCCAGCGCUAUCACCAAUGCCAGGCUGGCCGCCCUCUCCCUUACCCCAGUCCGGAGACGGCGCUUCCGGUCGGAGUUUAACCCCCUCUUGAAGCGCCUCCAAAGAGGCCCGCAGAUGUACAGUCCGUUGGUGCGCCAGCAGCAGCAUCAGCCAGACCAUCAGCAACAGCAGCAGACGCUAUACUCAGCAGACGAUUGUGAAACCUCAGUGCUUAGUGAGAUGUCUGAAGGGGGCCACUGGGCACAUCAGUACCAGCGUGCCCAAAGCAGCAGCGGUGGCCGCCACCACCACAGUGGCUCUUAUUCCCCCUCUACUCUGGCCGCUCUGGGCCUUGCGCCAACUCACCCCCGCCUGAGCAAACGUCGCCCCCUGUCCGAGCCCCAGGAGUCUCCCAGCCUCAAGCGCUUCCGGGAGUGUGCCCAGGCGCCCAGCCCAUCGAGGCCCCGCGGGUACCCUCCACAGCAGCAGUGGGGAGAAUAUGAUUACUGCGACGCGACAGCCCCAGUGGCGAACGGGCUCUCGGAGGAGCAGCGAACCCGCAGCAGGUCCAUGCUGCUCCAGUGCCCCAGCCCCAGCUUCCUCAGGGCAGCCAUGAUGACCAUGAAGGCUGGCCGCUCCAGCUCCCGCUCAACACUGGGGACUCGCCCACAAACCUCAGCCUGGAGAAGUCCGCAGGACCGAAUGCAUGAAGCUGAAGCAGAAAUAUCAGACGAGGCCUGGAAUGAAAGUGGCAUGUCACCCAGUGUGUCACGCAGACGGCUCCUCUACGGAGUGCCCCGUUGCUGAGGUUGGUUCUGGCUGACCACGUGGGUUUUGGUGGUAGGCCUACCUGAGCAUAACCGGUCCCCCAAAGCCAUGUGUGUAGAUGAUAUAAGAAGUUAUAAAAAGACUUGUAUUCUGUGUAAUCGGUUUGUUGUGCAAGUGUUGUCAGUUAAUUUGCUGGUUUCUGUCAAAAUU